AUGCAGUUCCUUCGCGCGGGUCACAUGGCCUGGAUUCAAGACUAUAUGGCGACCCGAGCGUCCGGCUACAACUCGCUGCUGCGCCUGCUUCAAAAGUUUGCUGACCGACACGGCUUUUCCAAGCAACGAGUGUGUCGCCAGAAGAAAACUCAGCAAGACCUGGAGGAGACAAGACUUGCUUUCGGCAAACAGUUUCAUGCUGACCACCCAGACGUUGCAUUGGACUGCCUGUACAACGCUGAUGAGACGGGAAUCCAGUACGACAUGUGUCCGAGCACAAUCUGGGCUGUGCGUGGUGGUGGCAGUUACGUUGCGAACUCCGAAACACACUCGUACCGCAUGACUGCCCUACUGACUGUGCGCGCCGAUGGUGCCAAGUUGCCAAUCUUGUUCGUGAUUCGUGGUGUGACUGGUGGCACGAUUGAGACGAACGAGUUUUUGCCGACUAUCCUGAAGGGCACUUUUACGCCAUGCAGGAAAAAGCGUGGAUGA